CUGCCUGACCGGUGCACGACCAGUGUCUCGUGGGCACCCGAGCACUCGGUCACCCAUGGCCGGCCAUGGAGGGAGGAUGGCUCUCUUGGGAGUGAGUUUGCUGCUGUUGUUCCUGGCCGGGGACUUGACAGCCUCUACAAACAGUCGAUUUGGUCAACCUUCAGAAUAUAAAACACCAAACUGUUAUCAAUAUAGAUUGCCAGGAUGUCCCAGAGACUUCAACCCUGUAUGUGGAAGCGACAUGUCCACUUAUCCCAACGAGUGCACUCUGUGCAUGAAAAUCAGGGAAGAUGGCCGUAAUAUUAAAAUAAUCCGAGAUGGACCAUGCUGAUGGAGCAGUUUACAGAAGUUGGAGAAACCACCUUCAUCUGCACACUAGACGACUUUCAUUUCCCCUUUUCCUCUUUUCUUGUGUUUCUUUGCAUGAGAUUUGUUAACCUACAUUUUCCGAGAGGAGGUGUGGAAGACAGCCAUGUGCAGGAACUGAUAAUUAAAGCAAAAAAACAAAACGAAACAAAAAAAUUUCUUAUUUCUUGAGCUAAGCUUGUUGCUCAGAUGA